AUGAGCAGAUCCAAUGUGGACCACCUGGUAUCAGUGGUGCUGAUGACUGUCCAGUGUAUAAGAGAUGGUCAGUUUGUGGUAGUGGUGGCGAGAGAUGUUACGCUGCCUCGAUUGAGCCUGGAUUCAGUCCGUCUCCUGGGUGGAAAUGAUCCAGCUUGCAGUCCUGUGGGAUCCACACCUUUCUUUGCUAUAUACCAGUUCCCCGUCACUGCAUGUGGCACAAGCAUGAUGGAGGACAGUGGAUAUGUGGUGUAUGAAAACAGAAUGACCUCCUCAUAUGAAGUGGGUGUCGGACCACUUGGUUCCAUCACAAGGGACAGCCAUUUUGAGCUUCUCUUCCAGUGUAGGUACUCUGGUACCUCUGUGGAAGCUCUGGUUGUGGAGGUCAACACCGUUCCUCCACCUCCACCAGUAGCUGCUCCUGGACCCCUCAGGGUGGAGCUUAGACUGGCAAAUGGUCAAUGUGUCACCAAAGGCUGUGCAGAAGGGGACGAGGCGUACACGUCCUACUACAGUGAUGCUGAUUAUCCAGUUACAAAAGUCCUGCGGGAGCCUGUGUAUGUUGAGGUGCACAUUUUGGAGAGGACCGACCCCAACAUUGUCCUGAUGCUGGGACAUUGCUGGGCGACAUCAACCCCCAGUCCACUCAGUCUACCCCAAUGGGAUCUUCUGGUUGAUGGAUGCCCUUACCAGGAUGAUCGUUACCUGACCACAUUGGUUCCAGUGACUGGGUCAUCUGGUCUUCAGUUCCCGAGCCACUACAAGCGCUUUGUUGUGAAGAUGUUCACAUUUGUAGAUCCAGCAUCACUGGCUCCUCUGCAGGAAACCAUCUUCAUCCACUGUAGUACAGCGGUGUGCCAUCCCUCCUCUGGCUCCUGUGAGCAAAGCUGCACUAGGAAAAGAAGAGACACGCACGUCAAGACCAUCUCUAGUGGGCAAACUGUGGUGUCUAGUGGAGAAGUUAACCUGGUCAAGUGAAUUUUAGUGUUUUAAUAAACUUCAUGAAACUCAA